AUGUCUGUGUCCCUGUCCAGCAUCCCUAUUGUGCUGAAGGACAAGAGCUUCCACGCGGGCAUGCUGAAGGGAAGUCCAGCCCGUGGGUUCUACCCCGGCCCCCACCCUUACAUGGACUUCCUCCCUCGGACGCACAGCCUCCUCCACCCACUCAAGUCCCUCGGUCGUCUGGUGUCGGACACUCAGGGGUCUUUGCCGGUGAAUCUGCACGGCGGAGCCCCCCAGUUCCUCGGUCCCCACGCGUCGGUGCUCCACGAACACGUGUGGAGCGCGUCUGGGAUGCCCUACAUGAGCCACAUGUUGCCCGGACAUCCUCUGCUCUCCAAACCGGAGGAGCUGGCCGCAGUGGUGACAGAACACGCCGCCGGUCCACUGUCCACGGACUUCAGCAGCCCGUCCACUGACAGGUCCUCCUCCACCUCCUCACCCCCCAAGGACACUCUGAUUCGCCUCAAGAGCGCAGACGCAUCUCCGGGAAAAACGCGCACGUUGUAUAAUUUCAGCGAAGAUGACCUGUUCAUGGUUCUGUACGGAUACUCCGGCAGCCAGGCGCGCAGUUUAGGACACGCAAUAUCAGGUGUUUCCCUGCUCGAAAACUCAGUUUCUGAAAACCAAAUUCUUCCACUGGACAAAGAAUCACUUGAUCUCCCAGAUGGACUGUGCAUCCUCCAGGCAGCCUGGGGAAACGUCACCCACUGUGGAGUGUUCACAGAUAAAAGCAGCAUCCCUAAAGGGACACGUUUCGGCCCGUUUCAAGGCAAACUGGUCAAUACCAGCGAGAUCAAAACAUACGACGACAACACUCUGAUGUGGGAGGUGUUUGAGAACGGCCGUCUGAGUCAUUUUGUGGAUGGCAGGGGGGGCUCUGGGAACUGGAUGUCUCUGGUGAAGUGUGCGCGUUUCCCCGAGGAGCAGAACCUGACGGCCAUUCAAGUGCAGGGGCAGAUCUUCUAUGAGUCCUGCAAGGAGAUCAAACCAGGCCAGGAGCUGCUGGUGUGGUAUGGGGACUGUUACAUGCAGUUCCUUGGCAUCCCACUGACUCUGAAAGAUCCCAGAGAGGAAAACAACAGUGUUCCUCCCACUGAAGAUACUGGUGAGGGUUACAAAUGCGACAGGUGCGGGAAGGUGUUCGCAUACAAAUACUACAGAGACAAGCAUCUGAAAUACACCCGCUGCGUGGACCAGGGAGACAGGAAGUUCCCCUGUCACCUCUGCAACAGAUCCUUCGAGAAAAGGGACAGAUUACGGAUUCACAUCUUGCACGUUCACGAAAAACACAGGCCUCAUAAGUGUUCAGUGUGUGGAAAGAGUUUCUCACAGUCAUCCAGCCUCAACAAACACAUGCGGGUGCAUUCUGGAGAGCGGCCUUACAAAUGCGUUUACUGCAAUAAGGCCUUUACUGCGUCCAGCAUUUUACGGACGCACAUUCGCCAACACUCCGGGGAGCGACCCUUCAAGUGUAAGCACUGCGGGAAGGCCUUCGCCUCCCACGCCGCCCACGACAGCCACGUCCGGCGGACACACGCCAAAGACAAACCCUAUCCCUGCGACAUGUGCGGAGCUUCUUUUCAGGAUGAGCAGGAACUUAAAUAUCACAUGAAAAGCCAUAAAAAAAGACAGCUCUUGGACAGCACAGUAGUUCUUCCGUCUCCACCACAAACCGGAUUACAGGAGGACAGUCCGACACUACAGAAAAACACCAAUCCAAACUUUUCGUACACCGGGUUGACAGUUUUGAACCCAGAAUAUCGGCCCUGGAACUAAUGGACUGCAGGAUAAAUUCUAUUACAUAUAACCGACAAUUCUGGAUGAAAGGCCAUUAUUCUCUUUCUUAGAAAACACCAGAGUGAAGGAAAAUUGUAGAGAUACCAUGAGAGGUCAUCUAAUAAUUAUGGCAGGAAUAUUAUGCAAAUGUUUUUCUUAAUGUAACUGCUGCUUAUGAGGGGAAAAAAUGUUUUUAGACUAUAAGCAUAUUUAAAAAGGCUCGAUAAUUAAAGUUGUUGAGCAAAGUGUGUUUAAAUCUAUUUAUAUUUCUGUGUGUUGUUUAGUUGCUUAAAGCUAAGGUUUUGUAGACCCAAUGUGAUAAUAUGUAACACCUAUUAUUAUUAUUAUUAUUAUUAUUAUUAUUAUUAUUAUUAUUAUUAUU